AUGAGCGGGGCGGCGUUCGAGCCGUUUACCGGCGUCGUCCUCGCGUCACUUGUGAACACCGCACACAAGUGCCAAGUGUUCAGUCAAGUGGGUCAACACUGCCUCGUGACAAUCUCGACUAAACAAUCUUUCUAUUCUCACGGGCCUGUGGGGGCGAACGUGGACUGGAGACGUCACAUCAAUCAGACCAUAGACCGAGCAAAGCCUCGUCGCCGCCACAACGACCGGCUUGGCAACGUACGUGGACUCUUGGACAUCGAAUGUCCGCAUUCAACUACCACCGACUCGGAGGUUGGCUGA